AUCUGGAUAGACAGUCUCACAAAUGUCAAAAGCAAUUUAUUAUAGUAAGUAGUACUGUACACGGUAUGAAGCCGAGGUACUGAGCACAUUUUGAGGUUUCAACUACCUAAACCAAAUUGACAAAAGGAGAAAACCACUUCUACAGGUUCUAUACACUACCCCUACAGCUCAAUAUUUAUUUCCUUCACCUUGUAACAGAUCAAGAAGUUAUUCGUCGGGAUCGUGGAACUAUCGCUCGACUCAGCCUUCCCUCCCACACAACACUUGUCCAUCUAUAAAAUAUGGUUGGAAGCAUAGCUGAGGAAACAAAGAGCCCCAAGAAGUCCACAUGGGGUAUGGCAGAAGAAAUCAAGAAGAAUCUUGAGUUCAUUGAAGAGGUGACUAGCAAUGUUGAUGAGGUCCAGUGCAGAGUUCUUGCUGAAAUCCUCUCCCAGAAUGCACAUGUUGAGUACUUGCAACGCCAUAAUCUCAAUGGCAGCACUGAUAGAGAGACAUUCAAGAAAGUUUUACCUGUCAUCACUUACGAAGAUAUUCAGCCCGAUAUCAAACGUAUAGCCUAUGGAGAUAAAUCUCCUAUUCUCUGCUCCAAAACCAUCUCUGAACUAUUUACAAGUUCUGGUACGUCUGGAGGGGAAAGCAAAUUGAUACCAACAGUAGAGGGAGAGUUUGAGAGGAGAUCAGUACAAAUUCAAAACCUUUUGAUGUCUGUGAUGAGCCAAGUGGAUCCAGAUUUCGGAAAGGGCAAAGGGAUGUAUUUCAUGUUCAUAAAGUCUGAAGAGAAGACCCCAGGAGGAUUACCAGCUGUCUUUGGUUCAACAAGUAUUUACACGAGUCCUCAUUUCAACUACAGCCGUCUUCAUCACCCCCACUUUAACUACACUAGUCCGACUGCAACCAUUCUUUGCUCAGACUCUUACCAAAGCAUGUAUUCCCAAAUGCUUUGUGGCCUCUGCCAAAACCAAGAAGUCCUCCGUGUUGGCUCGCUUUUUCCAAGCGGCUUCAUUAGUGCCAUCCGAUUCUUGGAGAAGCACUGGUCUCUACUUUGUAACGAUAUCCGAACUGGAGCUCUUAACACCCAAAUAACUAAUCCUUCAGUGAGAGAGGCAGUGAUGGAAAUCCUCAAACCUGACCCAAAGUUAGCUAAUUUCAUUGAGGCAGAAUGCAGCAAAGAUUCAUGGCAAGGGAUCAUCACUAGGUUGUGGCCUAAUACCAAGUAUGUGGAAACUAUUGUGACUGGCUUCAUGUCACAAUAUAUACCGACCCUUGAUUAUUAUAGCAAUAGCCUCCCUCUUGUUAGUACCAUGUAUGCUUCCUCAGAAUGCCACUUAGGAAUCAAUUUGAACCCUUUUUGUCAGCCCACUGAAGUAUCUUACACACUUAUUCCCACCAUGUGCUAUUUUGAGUUCUUACCAUAUCAUGGAAACAGUGGAGUCAUUGAUUCUAUAGUCUUGCCCAAGUCGCUUAAUGAGAAAGAACAACAACAGUUGGUUGAUUUGGCUGAUGUCAAGAUUGGUCAGGAGUACGAGCUUGUCGUUACCACAUAUUCUGGACUCUAUAGGUAUAGAGUCGGUGAUGUGCUUCGGGUUGCUGGAUACAAGAACAACGCCCCUCAAUUCAACUUCCUAUGCCGGGAAAAUGUAAUCUUGAGCAUUGGUGCUGACUACCCUAAUGAAGUUGAGCUACAAAAUGCAGUAAGAAACGCAGUGGGGAAUCUGAUGCCAUUUGAUGCACAUUUAACGGAGUACACCAGCUACGUCGAUUUCACCACCAUUCCAAGCCAUUAUGUCCUAUUUUGGGAGCUGAGUUUGAAUGGCUCUAUCUCAAUUCCUCCUUCAGUCUUUGAAGUGUGUUGCCUCACAAUUGAAGAAUCUCUAAACUACUUCUACCGCGAGGGCCGUUCGUCUGAGAAAUCCAUUGGGCCUCUAGAAAUCAGGGUGGUGGAAACUGGAACUUUUGACAAGUUCAUGGACUAUCGCAUUAGCUUAGGUGCUUCCAUGAACCAAUACAAGACGCCCCUAUGUGUGAAAUAUGCACCCUUUAUUGAGAUAUUGAACUCUAGGGUCGUGUCCAGCUACUUCAGUCCCAUGUGUCCAAAAUGGGUUCCUGGCUACAAGAAAUGGAACAACAGCAGUUAAAUGUCAAGAUUUCUCUGCUUGUAGCUUCAUUCACUAUUCAGAAAUAAACACAACCAUUUGUGGAUUAUUUUACCGAUUCAAAAUCAUCCUAACUAUGUUACUCUUAACAAAACAUGGCACUGUACGUCCCCUUUUUUAAGACACUCUUUAUAUUUUGUUCUCAUUUAAAAAAACUUUUGCUAAUAUAGACCCAGCGGCAGAAGCCGCUUCUAUCUAAACGCUCUUCUUCUUCUACUCCUUCUUCCUCCUCCUUCAUGCUUCUAGUUAAUUUAAAUUACUAAACUGAAUUAUAGUAUUUAUCUGUUGUAAUAUCUAGCUUGAACGAGCUCUAU